AUGUCCGCCGCCGACGCUGGAAUCAACAACUACGAAGACUUUGUGAAGUCCCACGGCGUCCUUCUGGCGGCGUCGGGGCUUCCUCAGCCGUUGCAUAGGAAGCUCUUCCACAAGCUGCUGGCCGAAACUUUUGACGGCGGGAGGUACUUCCAGGUGGAGCCCGUGGAGGACGGCAGGCAGAGGAGGCUCCUGCUCACUGCCGAUUUUCUCGGAAAAGAUUCUGAUGUCUUUCUAGUGGACCAUGCCUGGACUUUUCGCAUUACCGAUGCUUAUAAGCAGUUACAGGAAGUUCCAGGAUUGGUAGAGAGGAUGGCUUCAUUGAUGUGUGUAGAUAUCGAUUUGAACUCAGAGUCUGACGAGCCACACGAUGAAGGUGAUGCUAAUUUAAGUGCUGAGGAAGUAGUUGAGAAAGAAUACUGUAAAGUUAAGGAGCAAGGUGAUGAUUCUGUGAGGUGGUUGGAGCUUGAGGAUCUUGAAAUCAAUGAUGAUAUUCUAGUUUCUCUUGAUUUGCCUAGCAAAUUUCCGAAAUUGCUGGCUCUAAGCCUCCGUGGCAACAAGAUAAAGAGCUCGGAAACUGUGUUACAGGUGGUAGCUCAUAUCAAAUCUCUUAGAGCUCUAUGGCUCAAUUAUAAUCCUGUACUGGAAACUGGUGAAAAUUAUUUAGAAGAUAUUAUUCUUCUGAACUGCCCUGAACUGGAGAUUUACAAUUCCCACUUCACCCCAAAGUAUGGGCAUUGGGCUUUAGGAUUCUGUGGGGGAUUGUAUGAUGUUAGCAAUCCUGGAGGUUCUUGUGAGAGUGAUAAUCAACUGCAGAGUAUCACCUCUCUUGACCUUUCGAAUAGGGGCAUACGCAAUCUCAUUACUAAGGCCUUUUCUCCGUUAGAAAUGCCUAUCCUUUCAUACUUGAAUCUGCGCGGAAAUCCAUUAGAUGAAAUCUCAGUUGGUGGGCUGCUAAAAUAUCUUAAAGGAUUCGUCAACUUAACUGCACUGGAGGUUGAUAUUCCUGGGCCACUUGGAGAAAAUGCUGCUGAUAUUAUUGAAGCCCUGCCCAAUCUCUCUCUCCUAAACGGGCUGACCACAUCCAAAAUCUUGGAAUCGGAAAAGAGCGUUGUUGAUUCGAUGUUAAAGCCACGUCUCCCUGAGCUGAAUUCUGGGGAGUCUCUUGUUGAUCGUGUUCUCAAUGCAAUGUGGUUGUACGUGAUGACAUAUCGUCUUGCAGAUGAAGAAAAGAUAGAUGAAACGUCUGUUUGGUAUGUUAUGGAUGAACUGGGUUCAGCUUUGCGGCACAGUGAUGAACCCAAUUUCAGAGUUUCACCUUUCCUCUACAUGCCCAAUGGGAAACUGGAGUCUGCUGUGAGUUACUCAAUCCUUUGGCCUACGAAUGAUGUUCAGAAAGGUGACGAGUGCACUCGGGAUUUCCUAUUCGGCAUUGGGGAGGAUAGACAACGUUCUGCUAGGCUUACUGCCUGGUUUCAUACACCUCAAAAAUACUUUAUUAAAGAGUAUGAACAAUACAGCAUCAAUUUACGGCCAAGAAAGCUCUCUCUGCCAUCAAAGAUGCCAUCUGCAACCAAAAGUCUUCUGGAGAUGGAGAAAAGUGUCUUGCAUGUGUACACAGAUAUACCUCAACUAGAGGAAUUCCUGACUCGUCCAGAGUUCGUAUUUACAACUGAACCAAAGAAUGCGGAUAUAGUAUGGACCAGUGUGCAAGUGGACGAAGAGAUGAAGAAGGCUGUUGGACUGAAUGACCAGCAAUACAUCAAUCAAUUUCCUUUCGAAGCCUGUCUUGUUAUGAAGCAUCAUUUAGCUGAAACUGUUCAAAAGUUUCAUGGCGCACCCACCUGGCUCCAGCCGACAUACAAUCUUGAGACGCAUCUGACACAACUAAUAGGAGACUAUUACACACGGGAGAAGAAUGGGGCUGACAACUUGUGGAUCUUAAAACCAUGGAAUAUGGCCCGAACAAUCGACACGACUGUUACUCAGAGUUUAACAGCAAUCAUCCGUCUCAUGGAAACAGGUCCAAAGAUUUGCCAGAAGUAUAUUGAACACCCUGCCUUAUUUAAAGGGAGAAAGUUUGAUCUACGUUACGUUGUUCUGGUGCGGAGCAUGAAUCCAUUGGAGAUGUUCCUUUUCGAUGUUUUUUGGGUUAGGUUGGCAAACAACACUUACUCAUUGGACAAGCACAGUUUGUUUGACUACGAGACACAUUUCACGGUUAUGAAUUACAGGGGAACAUUGGAUCACAUGAAUACGCCUGAGUUUGUUAAGGAGUUUGAACAAGAACAUCAUGUUCAAUGGUUGGAUAUUCAUAUUAGAGUUAAGCAGAUGAUCAGAUCUGUUUUUGAGUCAGCUGCUGCUGUGCAUCCGGAAAUGCAUAGCCCAACUUCUAGGGCAAUGUAUGGCAUUGAUGUCAUGCUCGACUGUAAUUAUCAGCCUAAAUUACUUGAGGUAACAUAUUGCCCUGACUGUAAUCGUGCUUGCAAAUACGACACUGAAGUGGUUACGGGCAACGGAGGAAUAGUCGAGGGAAAAAACUUUUUCAACUAUGUGUUCGGUUGCCUCUUUUUGAAUGAGACAAGUCAUGUAUCCCCAGUGUAA